ACGUGCGCUUGAGCAGCACCGCUCCACGUGAAUCAGUGUGAAAAUGGCGGCCGUUCAAGAUCCAGAGAUUCAGUUGGCACAAAAGUUAGCCUCAAACGAAAAGCCUAUUCGAACAAAAGCAUUAAAAAAGCUGAAGAAGUAUAUAAAUGUCAGAUCACAGAAACCGACAGAUGGCUUUACGAGUGAAGAAAUGCUCAAGCUGUGGAAAGGUCUGUUCUACUGCUUGUGGAUGCAGGACAAACCACUUUUACAGGAGGAGCUUUCGAACUCUCUUUGCACACUGAUUCACACCUUUCAUGAUAUUGAUGGACAACUAUUAUAUCUGGAGAGCUCCCUUAAGACCUUCAAAAGAGAGUGGACUGGCAUUGACAGAUUGCUCAUGGACAAGUUUUUCCAGCUGAUCCGCUUCAUGUUCAGACAAAGCUUUGAGAUGCUGAAGAGAAACAAUUGGGAUAGCAGUGUGGUUUCAAGAUUUCUGGAGCUCUUUGCAACAGAGCUCCUGAACAGUGGCAACGGUGCACCCGCUGGUCUGCAGUUUCAUAUCUUGGACCUUUACUUGACAGAACUAGCAGCUGUGGGUGCAUCAGAGCUCACUGCUGACCAGAACCUGAGAUUCAUCGAGCCAUUCUGCAAAACGGCAGCCAAAACCAAGGAUCGGACACUUUUCGGAGCGAUCUGCAACAGCAUCUUCAACACAAUUAUUGACCAGGCUCCCUAUGCCAUUGAGGAUCUGAUGAAGGAGCUGAAAGCAGCAGAGUCCUCCGAUUCAGGCCAGUCCUCUGAAGGGGAUGAUGAAGAGGACCUCGUCAAGCAGAUUAACGGCAGUCAAUCAUACUUGAAACAGGAUGCUCAUGAAUCAGGAGACUCGGACACAGAGUUACCAUUUGAUGAUGAUGAUAAUAUAGCACCAGUUCUACAGUUUGACUAUGCAGCUCUUGCUGACAAGCUCUUAGAGGUGUCAAUUCGAAGUAGCACACCCAGCCACAAUAGAGAGAGGCUCUACAAAAUCAUCAAAGUGCUGCAGGAUCUCAGUGAAGGUCUAUUUCCUCAAGAUGGCUAUCCAGAGGAAGUCUCUACAGAUGAGGAUGAUGAAAUGUUUGCCAGCAGAAAGAGGAUGAAGCGUGGAAAGACUGCAAAGGAAACAGCUAAGAAUCGAAAGAAAAAAAUGCAACUCAAGCAAGAUGAUGACUCCGAUAAUGAUGAUAUGAAGCCAACAGAUCUUACUAACAAAGAUAUCGCCAAGCCAUGGAAAAAAAAGAAGGUGUCUCAUGAUGGCUGUUUAGGUGCUAAUUUAAAUGCCAGAAUAUCGAAUGGGGAGGUCACUGAGGCUCCCAAUCAAAGCAAGAUUGUGCUGAGUGAGUCUGAAGAUAUGGCCAAAAAAGAAUCGUCUGUUUCUGCCUCAGAUAAAGCCAGCAACCUCAAUUCUUGCACAACCAACAAAAAAUCAAAAAAGAAAAAAAAGAGGCCAACAUCGCAGUGUAAAGAAAAAUUAGAGAAUAAUGAGACGACGCAGGAGGCCGGCACAACUGCAGUGAUCGGCGAGCAUGAGAGCCCCUUAAAGAACAGUGUUAAGCUUGAGUCACAAGCUGGCAGCAUAGCGCUUCCACCUCCCUGCGAGAUCACAUCAAAUGAAACUGAGCUCCAGGCCUCAAAUACCGCCAAGACAAAAAAGAAAGGUCUGAAGGCUCAAAAGGUCAAAGCAUUUGCAGUUUGUUCACCGAAAAUCCCGUUAGAUUCUUUGUCUAUACCUUGUGAUAAUUCUGCUCAUGUUGGCACACCUCUCCAACCUCAGGGUUUAACUGACGCCACCGCCGUUGAUGAGUGCAAGAGGAAAAAUAAUAAAACACAGAACGUACUGUUUGCAAAUCCAAGUACGAACGUUGAAAAUGAAUUUGCAUCUGACAAUCAAAUGGGAACUCCAUUGAAGAAGAAAAACAAACGAAAAUAUGCAAAGGUGAAAGAGGUUAGCAGCUCAGAAAAGGAGCCCGAGGUGGGCGAUGAGGCAUCCGAUUCCUUGGGGAAGCCAAAUAAGAAGAAAAGAAAGAUCCCCGUGGUGUUUGAGUUUGAAGCGGAUGAGUUUGAGCCUGCCACACCACCCAAUGACACUGCAGACAUAGCACUGGAUGUCAAGAAGUCAAAAGCAUUUCAUGGUUCAGCUACACCAAAAGCCAAGCCAAAGACAUUGUCAAGUGACUUGGUCACAUUUCAGCGAAAUGUCAAAGUUCCAACACCGCUCUUCUUCAGGACUAAGGGAAAAUGCACAACUCAAGUCUUUGGCAAGAAGAUGGGUCAAACUCCCACAUCAGACAGCAAGAAGGUGACAUUCCAUCUGAAGAAUAAUAAAACAGCUGAGUUCAAGAAGAAUGAUCGCAGCCUGUUACUAAGUCCAGAGGGGUCGUCUAAGGUGCCCUUUGACCCACAACAAAAACCCAAAUCUGGGGUUUUAAAGUCUUCUCCCAUGGCCCUCUCCACCAACAUCAAGACUCCCAAUGCCAGCAGUAAGAGGGCUUUCAGUACUCCAAAAAGCACGCCGAAAAGACGACCUGUUGCAUCGGACUUUUUUUGAAACCCUAAACUUGGAAUACUGUUGAUACAAAUGUAAACUUAUUUUAUUUUUGUUUCUUCAACAUCAAAUUGUAACUGCAGUUUUCUCACAUAUCCCCCGGUCUAAUUAUGGUGAGAGCAUUUUGUGAUGUUA